ACCCUCGGAAAGACUUCGGGGCUGCUGCUGCUGCGCCUCUGCCAUUGGUGGACCGGGCUGUUUUCCUGCUAUAAAACUGCAGUAUCAGUACAUAGAGUACAGGAAGACCUCUGCUCCACAGCCAUGUACCUGUAUCUGCUGGGCCUGGUGGUUUUCUACUACCUGUACCGCUGGGUCAGGGAGCUGCCUCGGGUCCCUGACAAGGCCAGCAAGUAUGUGUACAUCACAGGCUGUGACUCGGGCUUUGGUAACCUCCUGGCUCGCCAUCUGGACAAGAAGGGCUUCAGAGUGAUCGCCUCGUGUUUCACAGAGAAGGGAGAAGAGGAUCUGAAGAAGUCCUGCUCCAGCAACCUAAUCACAACACACCUGGAUGUUCGGUCGAAGGAAAGCGUUGCCAAAGUGGCAGCAAUGAUCAAGGACAAAGUGGGGGCGCGAGGCUUAUGGGCUCUAGUGAACAAUGCAGGCGUUUCCGUACCCACCGCCCCCACUGACUGGCUGAACAUCGAUGACUACAAGUCCAUGCUGGACGUCAACGUAAAUGGGGUGAUCGCAGUGACCCUGAGUGUCCUGCCACUAAUCAAGAAGGCCCAGGGAAGGGUGGUCAAUGUAGCCAGUGUGUUUGGGAGGAUCAGUGCCACAGGCGGCCCGUACACUGUCUCCAAGUACGCCGUGGAGGCUUUCAAUGACAACCUCAGGUUAAAUAUGUUGCCCUUCGGUGUCAAAGUCCUCUGCAUCGAGCCAGGCUUCUUCAAAACAAACGUAACCGACACUGCCAUCCUGAGCAAGAACGUCCAGGUGCUGUGGGACAGACUGCCGCAGGAGAUCAAAGAUGAAUAUGGACCUGAAUAUCUACCAAAGUCGUUAGCAUUAAUUAAAGACAAAGUUGCCAAGAUGAGUGAUGGAGAUCUGAUGAAGGUGGUCGGCUGUAUGGAGCACGCUGUGUCCGCUGUCCGGCCCCGCAGCCGCUACUCCCCAGGCUGGGACGCCAAGCUUUUCUGGCUGCCGCUGUCGUACAUGCCAACCUGUGUCGCUGACUACAUCUUAAGCAAAGAAGCCAUUCCUAUAGCCAAGAAAGUGCAAUAAGUUGUGUUGUUUUUGUAUUCAUAUCUGGACAUUUUAUGCAAUUUGACAGUAUACGUCUACUCAUCUUACCACUAUCUUUGUAUUCCUGAUUAAAGAAUCAUUCCUUUGUAUGUUUGUAUUUCCAGCAUUUGGCAGGAUGGCUCUGUGACAUAAAAAAUACAUUUUAAAUGAA